CAUUUCAUCAUCAACAACAGAAACAACCAUAUAUACUUUUCUCUCACUCCUCUCUUUUUAUAACUCUCCCAUCUUCACCAUCAAAUUCUCUCUCUAAGUUCCAUUAAAGUGCAAAUAUGGCGGCACUAUCCACACUUCCCAUGCUCAACAUUGACUCAAACUACGAAGCUGACAAGCUCACCUACGAGAUCUUCUCAAUCCUGGAGAACAAAUUCCUCUUCGGUUAUGAUAACCACAAAGCUAACCAUAACCCGAAACUCUCAACUCCGGCGCAGAACGGGAAGGUCAGAAUCCUCAGCAUCGACGGUGGCGGCACCACCGGGGGAAUUCUCGCCGCCGCCGCACUCCGCCGUCUCGAGUCCUCCCUCCGCAGCAAGUCCGGUAACCCUAACGCCGGCAUCGCCGACUACUUCGAUGUCGUAGCUGGCUCCGGCGCCGGCGGCGUCCUCGCCGCUCUCCUCUUCACCCGCGGGAGAGACGGCGGGCCGAUGUUCACCGCUGAGGAGGCUCUCAAUUUCAUGGUCAAGAAUCGCCGGAAGAUCUCUGCCGGCAAAUCGCCGGCGGGAAUUUUCCGUCGAGUUUUUGGAUCGGAGCAGAAGGCUGAGAAAAUGUUUGGGAAAGUGUUCGGGGAAUGUACUCUUAAGGACACGUUGAAGGCGGUGCUGAUUCCCUGCUACGACCUCUCUUCCCGCGCGCCAUUUUUGUUUUCCCGGGCCGACGCGGUC